GUCAUUAAAAACCACAGAAGAAGAGGAGGAAGUAAAACGUGUAUCAGCUGAGCUGGCUGAUGUGAAAUAGAACCCGAUUUCAUUGUACGCGGGUUACAACAGACGUGCAGGUCUCUGGGAUGGAGAAUGACAUCCUCGUCUCUCUUGAAGAUUUAGGGUACCAAGGCCCUCUGUUGGAAGACGGAGCUCUGGACUCUGCUGUGAGCGGAGGAGUAGCUUCACCCGAGUUCACCAAGCUCUGUGCCUGGGUCGUGUCAGAGCUGAGACUCUACACCAAGUUGGAGGAGAAUGUCCACGCCACUAACUGUCCAAGUGAGGCUGAGGGCUUCCAACUGGAGAUCAGUGGUCUUUUGUCAGAGCUCGCCUGUCCUUACUCCGUCCUCACCAGCGGCAACGUCACCCAGAGGCUUCUGAAUAGGACGGACUGUCUGCUGCUCCUAACCUUUCUAGUGUCUGAGCUGGAGGCAUCGAGGAUGAUCCUAGUCAACAGUCCCCAGAAGAAAGGCCAGGAGUCGGGCAGCCCAGUGUUUCAGGAGCUGAAGGCCAUCUGCAUGUCGCUGGGCAUGUCCAAGCCUCCUGGCAACAUCACCAUGUUCCAGUUCUUCAGUGGGAUAGAGAAGAAGCUGAAAGAAGCCUUAAGUCGAGUCCCACCGAAUCACGUUGGAGAGCCUUUACUGAAGAAGGCCCUGGGACCCGUGCAUCUGGAAAAGAUAGAAGCUAUAAACCAAGCUCUAGCAAAUGAGUAUGAGGUGAGAAGGAAGAUGUUGUUGAAACGUCUCGAUGUAACUGUGCAGUCCUUUGGUUGGUCUGACAAAGCAAAGAAACAUGCUGAAAAGUUGGCCAAAGUUUACCCGCCCCUGCGCUCGGCCCUCGGCACCACAAGUAAAAUCUCUGUUGCCCAUGUUCUCGCUGUUCGACAAGACUUCUCCAAUAUCCUACGGACAAGCAGUGGCAAGAUAAGAGAGAAGACAGCUUGUGCCAUUAAUAAGGUUCGAAUGGGCCGAGUGCCAGACAGGGGAGGCCGACCUUGCGAGAUUGAGCCUCCUCCACCAGAGAUGCCCACCUGGCAAAAGCGCCAGGAUGCUCCCCAGGGAGGAGGACACUAUGGUGGGGGUGGACACGGAGGCAGCAGGGGUGGCUACGAUCACUACUCCCAAGGUGGCCGUGGAGGCUAUGAGAGAGGACAUGGAGACAGGGGAGGUAGGGGAGGAGGGAGCAGAGGGGGGAAGGUGCAGGGAGGCUGGGGAGACGGAGGUGGAGGGGGAGGAGGAGGAGGGAGAGGUGGUUACAACCAGGGCCACUAUCAGGAUACAGGCGGUCAUCAUGGGGGAGGAGGGAGAGGGGGUUACGGAGGAGGUGGGAACAACCAAGGAGGCUUUCAGGAUCCUGGGUACCACGGAGGAGGAGGAGGAGAAAGAGGAGGAGGAGGAGGAGGAGGAGGAGGAGGCGGUCACCACGACAAUUACCACCAAGACGGAGGCUGGCAUCAGGAGAGGGGUGGGGGUCGAGGAGGGCGGGGGGGCAGGGGAAGGGGCACCCGCGGAGGAGGAGGAGGAGGAGGACAAGGGGGAGGCUGGGGAGGGAGAGGGGGCUCGAAUUUUAACCAAGGAGGACAGUUUGAACAGUUCUUCCAACACGGCGGGCAGCACUUCACCCAAGGCGGCUUUAAUCAAGGCAGACACUACACUAGUUGAAAACACAGUGUGGGGCUUUACAGCAGAGUCCACACAAAGAUCGACUACCUGUCACGUGUGAACGGAUUUAAAAUGCCUUAUCACCCUAUCUUAAGUUUUCAGCAUGGUUGAAAGUUAGCCUAAAAUGUUAAAUGAGGACUGAGGACAGAUGUACAGAUGGUGUAUACACUCAUCCUAGACUGUUUUGGAAGUUUUUCUUUGCUACAGAGGGUAGUCCUUUACUUUUUCACCUUGGUGUGUUAAUGUUUUCUUUGCUUCUUGUAUGAAAGAACACAGCUCUGCUAUGAACGGAUAGUGGAUUAAAUGGACUCUGCUGCUCUGACCUCAUCGUGCCACUUAAUUUAGACUUACGUUGGACAGUUUUUGACUCAAAAGAUUUCAGCGUCAGUGCACCUGCUGUGUAUCUGACAUAAGAUGUGAACGUCACUAUUACAUGUAGAAUUCUCGAAAUUCUAAAUUGAAAUUGAAAAAUUACUUGAAAUCAGCUUCAUCUUUCCGGUCUCUGGUUUGUUUCAUUAGGUUUGACUGGAAUCUCCUUUCGUUCCGUUUGUAAAAGAUGUGAUCGUGUACGGCUCACGGUGUGUGCUCAGUAUGUGUGCACACAUGUUGGAUGUUGGAAGGUUUGCAUGGAUGUGUAAAUAAGCAAUAAAAUCUAAAAUUAGAAUAUUA